AUGGCGCGGUUGGUGUCAAGCAAAUUUAAAAGACUUUUUUUGUGCUUUCUCGUUGUAAGUUUGAUAUGUCUUUGGAGUAAGAUUCGUUCAACACCCGAUGACAAAUAUAACAUUAGUUUUCGGCAAACUCCCGGAAAGAAAAAACUCUUCUACGUUAAAUCUGAAAAGUGUGAAUUGCCUUAUGUGGAUCCAUUUAAUGCCGAGUUCAUGAAAAUCAAUAACCCAAAGAUAUUUAUACCUUGCACAAAUGAAAGUGAUCUUAUUACUGUGCACUACGAUAACAUUUUCCAUCAAUAUGUGCUACAUAUAAAUGAAGAAGUGCUUCAUAAGCUGUCUCAAUCGAAAAGUAACGACUUUGCUUGCUUUUACCAGAAAAUUAUUUACGGUCAAUCAGCGGAUCGCUACGAUAGAAAAGGAAACAAAACCAAACUAACUCAGGACUAUUUGGUGCCCUUGGAUGUCGAAGGGAUGUUGGUGGACUGCAGAACAGCGGACGAAAGGUUACUGCUGCAACAAGACGCUUUUAUGUUUAUACAAUACGAGGGGACUCCAAAGAACUUAAGUCCAGAUCGAAAAGCUAGUGUUAUUAUGUACGGCAUAGAUACUGUUUCACGCACAAAUCUACGUAGGAUGAUGCCAAUGAUAUACGAGUACCUUAAGUCACCGGGCUGGUAUGAAAUGAUGGGCUACAAUAAGGUGGCAGAUAAUUCCUUCCCCAACAUAUUCGCUAUGCUAACGGGGUAUUCUCCAGAGACGGCAGAAACUCAAGUUUGCAACACGGAUAGAGAUGGAUGUUUGGAUAAAAUUCCCUUUAUUUGGAAGGAAUAUAAGAAAGACGGCUACUUGACAGCCUAUGCCGAAGAUGAGGAAAUAUCAAAUACCUUCAAUUAUAUGAAGCCAGGCUUCGCCGUAAAGCCCACAGAUUACUAUUUCCGUCCUUUUUUAACUGCCCUGGAAAAAGAGACUGUGGUCAGAUAUAAUGCUGGAUCGUUGAUGAAAUAUUGUCUAGGUCGUCGACUGGCCAACAGCUAUAUCUUCGACUAUUGCCGACAGUUUAUGCAGCGAUUCGUGGCCGAUCGUCCCAUAUGGGGUAUGUUUUGGUCAAAUCACUUUAGUCACGACGACUUCUUUAUGCUUUCUGCCAUGCAGCAUAAGAUCUUAAACGACCUGCUCAAUUUUGAGAAAGAUGGGGCUUUCGAGCAUACUAUAAUGAUCUUCUUCUCCGAUCAUGGAGCUCGCUUCGGUCCUCUGAUGCGCUUGAAGGAAUCAUUUUUGGAGGAACGACUACCUAUGAUGUUCAUUUACCUACCACCCUGGUUCCGGGCAAAGUAUCCCCAAUACGUUGAGGCUCUGUCCCUGAACCAGAAUCGUCUGAGCUCAAACUUCGACAUUUACAACACCUUGAAGCACAUCCUACAGAUUGAUAAUGUUGUAGAGGAAACAAAUUGGUCAUACGACUGCCCCCAGUGUCAGUCCCUCUUUUACCCUCUUCCCGAGAAUCGCAGCUGUUCGGAGGCUGCCAUAGCGGAGGCCUACUGUACUUGCCACAACUACGAGGAAAUCAAGGAGGAACCAUGGACCUGGCGCAUGGCCGAUCUGGUGGUGGAUCGCAUCAACAAUUACUUACGGUUUUACAAUCUACAGAAUCAAUGCAGCAAUCUUACUUUGAAGGUGGUCAACGUUACCGAACAAUGGAUGGAGGAGAUCGACGGUGAUGUUAAGCGACCGAAAGGAAUGCGAUAUUAUCACACUAAGUUUCAGGUGCAUCAGAAUAUGGCUGAGUUUUUUGCCACCGUUCUGUACAACAAGGAAACAGAAGAACUCAAAAUAAACGUGGAACUCAUCAGCCGUAUUAAUAUGUAUGGUACUGAUUCAGAAUGCAUUAACAAUAAGAUUCAUAAGUUAUAUUGUGUAUGCCUAUCAAAGCUUCGAGCACCAUAACACUACAAUGAAAUGAAACUAACAAUUGCAAAACGUGUCUGAUACACAAUAACUCCGGAAAAACGGAGAACUAAUAAAACUUAAGGAAACAAACAAAAAGUAUAAAUAGUUAUUUACAAAUUGAAGUUGUUUUCGCAAAUUCAUUGUAAAUUCACCCCCAUAAUGGGAACAUGCAAAUAAUAAUUAUUGAAGUCAAUGCCUGUUGAUCUUAAUUUCUCGUUAGUCGUUAGUUAUAACUCCACCCAGUCGGAUCGUAAUAUUUACCUUAAAAAGUACAUUUUCAACCGCGCUUUUAAAUUAACUGAUCUUAAUAAAAAAAUCUUGUAAUCUUAAAA